CUACCUCUGCGUAAAGUGGCACAGCACUAUACCACGACAAAUGACUAGCAUCAGUGUAUUCACAACAGUCAUCGACGAGUAGUGCGCGCUCCGACUGCGCUGAAGCGUUUUCAUUGGGUAGCAGCCCAGUGAACUUGUGCGGAGAGAUAGAGAGACCGAGAGAGAAGGAACCUGCGGGGCCCAUUUAACACCAGUAGAGUGCACUCCGCUCCACACGCGCUGGGUCACUUCUCGAGGAAGCAACGGGCUGGUUUCUCCGAAACAUUUUAAAGGAUCGGUGUCCGUUUGAAGGACAACAGCGAAUCUCCUCUCAUGCCAGUGCGUGUUUAACGUUGGGAGGGAGCACAUCUCCGCUGUUUCGUUUCGUUUUAACAAUUGAACACUGCAGUGUACAGUCCGACGUUUCACUUGGAUUUUAGGAGUGCAAGCGCGGUGUGCGCUCAUUCCCCUAACCAUGGAAUUAUGGAUAAAGUUGAUGGUGUUGUACGGUUUCUGUUUAGGGGCAAGUGCUGAGAAUGACGGCAGGUGGCCUCGGCAGAUGGCCUCGUCCAAUGGGCUGUGUCGCUACGGCGCCCGCAUCGACUGCUGCUGGGGAUGGACCAGGCGCUCCUGGGGCCACUGCCAACCAGGCGUCUUCGCUCUAACCCACAGAGUAGUCGGGAGAAUAAGGUGUCCGCCACAAGGUCAGCUGCUCCACAUAUUUCUUUAAAAUAAUUCUUGGCAAGACGGGGUCCUGAAGGCAGCGAGGCACACACAUCCUCUGAAUCCUGGCUUCUCUGAUUUAUUAAUAGCCACCUCCCCCCUUCUCCCUCACCCUCCCCCCUUGGCUAAGAAAUAUCUCCUCCCCUUCUGGCUUGAGAACUCUGGUGCAGCCCCCGUUUGGCGUUCACACCAGCAGCAUGACUGAGAUGUUUGGCGUUCACACCAGCAACUUGACUGAGAGCUAUGUGAUGCCCUCAGAUGGCUAAGUGUUAGUUAUUCAUUUCCUGUGAGUUUGAUAUCCUUCUAUAAACUAUAUACAUCUGCCUAGUUAGUACAUGAAAACUUCAUCAACCAAGAGCCUAUGUAAAAUAAUUGUAGUUCAAUGUAGACUACUUCCCAAACUUCAAAAUGGAUACAUCAGUGAUUAAAGAUUAUAUAUUGUUU